UGUACCUAAGUGUCUGUGCCGGUCCGGUCAGUAAGCGUUUAAACUCCGUGGGUUCAACAACUAAACUACCUUCUACCACUUCUACCAUGGCGUCUGUAGUUAGUUAUAUCGUACUUCUCACAGUCUUGGCUACAAUCGCUACAGCACAGGAGAAGGUGAAAGUCUCUGUAUACUUUGAGUCCUACUGUCCUGACAGCGUAAAGUUCCUCACAAAGCAGCUGUACCCUGUCUUUGCCGGACCAAUGGGCCAAUACCUCAACCUGACGUUGGUGCCCUACGGCAAAGCAACUACAACACGAGAGGACUCGAAUGUGACGUUCGUAUGCCAUCAUGGGGAGAAGGAAUGUAAGGGCAACAAGGUGAUUGCUUGCGUCUUGGAUGAGAGCAUCAGCUUUGCCGACCAGUUCAAGUUUAUCAACUGUACCAGUUCAAUCAUUGCAAGCAACCCCAAGAAAGAAGACUACCCUGUGAAUGAGUGCGUCAGCGGCAGUCUGACUGUUGAGAAGGUGAGCGGAUGUGCGGCCGGCCAAGAAGGCUCAAAGUUAUUGGACAUGUACGGCAACAUGACCACAGCAAUGUUCCCCAACAACCUCCAGAACGUCCCUACCAUCGUCUUUGGUGACAAAUUCGUCAAGGCUGACCAUGAUGCCGCAGUGAGUGACUUCCGCAAGGCCCUAUGCAGCAAGAUCCCCGGCACCAAGCCCGCAGAGUGUUCCAAGAAUGGUGCGUCGGGUCUACAAGCUGCCAUCCUGCCACUCCUCUUCGCCGUCUACGUCGUGUCACGAGUGUGAACAUAAUCAAAAUAUUGUAACAUUUCCCAGACCUGCAGUAGUGGUCUGCGCUUAGUUUACGUGUACUUAAGUUGAAUGUUGUUUUAGAGUGUGACGUUUCAGACUGUACGUAGCCUGUGCAUAAAUUAUUUAAUAAAGAUUUUUAUAUGUAAGUGA